GAGGCAGAGAAAGAUAGGAAGGAGACAUUGAACCGAUUCUCAUUGUUGAGUUUUUUGAAGUAUUAUUUAAGAGAAAUAACCGGAAUAAAAAUGUCCCAUGAAACAAAGUACAUAUUUGCUACAUUACCUAGAACACAAAGGGGACAACCUCUUGUACUGGGAGGUGAUCCUAAAGGGAAGAAUUUUUUAUAUACUAAUGGUAACAGUGUAAUCAUUAGAAAUAUUGAUAAUCCUGCUAUUGCAGAUAUUUAUACAGAACAUUCUUGUGCAGUCAAUGUUGCAAAGUAUUCUCCAAGUGGAUUUUAUAUAGCAUCAGGUGAUCAAUCAGGCAAAGUACGUAUUUGGGACACUGUCAACAAAGAACAUAUUUUGAAAAAUGAAUUCCAUCCUAUUGGGGGACCUAUUAAAGAUAUAGCAUGGUCACCUGAUAAUCAACGUAUGGUAAUAGUUGGAGAAGGAAGGGAAAGAUUUGGUCACGUAUUUAUGGCGGAAACCGGUACAUCUGUAGGUGAAAUUUCUGGCCAAAGCAAACCCAUUAACUCAUGUGACUUCAGACCUACUAGACCAUUUAGACUAAUCACUGGAAGUGAGGACAAUACAAUUGCCGUUUUCGAAGGCCCACCAUUCAAAUUUAAAAUGACAAAGCAAGAACAUACUCGAUUUGUUCAAGCUGUGCGUUAUUCGCCUAGCGGAAAUUUAUUUGCGUCUGCAGGAUUUGAUGGGAAAGUAUUUAUUUAUGAUGGCACUAGCUCCGACUUAGUUGGAGAAGUUGGAUCACCAGCUCAUCAAGGCGGAGUAUAUGGAGUAGCUUGGAAACCAGAUGGUACAGAGUUAUUAACCGCAUCUGGCGAUAAGAUGUGUAAACUUUGGGAUGUAGAAACUCGUUCGGUGAUUAGUGAAUUCAACAUGGGAACAACAGUUGAUGAUCAACAAGUCAGUUGUUUAUGGCAGGGACAGCACUUGUUGUCUGUAUCUUUAAGUGGCUUUAUUAAUUAUCUUGACGUUGAUAAUCCUACGAAACCACUUAGAAUAAUAAAGGGUCAUAAUAAACCAAUAACAGUAUUAACUUUGAGUCCUGAUAGAAGUACAAUUUAUACUGGAUCUCACGAUGGGUAUAUUACUAAUUGGAAUGCAGAAACGGGAGAGAAUGACCGUGUUCAAGGUCACGGUCAUGGAAAUCAAAUUAACGGAAUGAAAGCAGCAAAAAAUUUACUUUAUACUGCUGGUAUCGAUGAUACUUUAAGAACAGUUGAUAUUGACACAAACACGUAUACAAAUUCAGGUGCUGUUAAGCUAGACUCCCAGCCGCGGGGUUUAGAUAUUUACAAGGACAUAGCUAUAAUUGCCACUGUUCGACAGAUAACCGUUACACAAGAUGGUCGGAAAGCAUCAAAUAUACCUAUUGAUUAUGAACCAUCUUGCGUGUCAAUUAAUCAGGAAAAUGGUGAUGUAGCUAUAGGAGCCACAUCAGACAAUACGGUGCGUAUAUACACACUGUCAGGUACAAGUCUGUCUCCAAAAAUGGAAUUAGAACAUCUAGGUUCAGUUACAGACGUUGCUUACAGUCCUGACAACAAAUACUUGGUAGCUUGUGACACAAAUAGAAAAGUGAUUCUUUAUACUGUUCCAGAAUACAAGCUUGCCCACAAUAGGGAAUGGGGUUUCCAUAACGCAAGAGUAAACUCUGUAGCAUGGUCUCCUAAUUCAGCUAUGGUCGCAAGUGGUAGCCUGGAUACAACGAUUAUCAUUUGGAGCGUGACAAAUCCGGCGAAACAUACCAUUAUUAAAAAUGCUCAUCCUCAAAGCCAAAUAACACGUUUAGUUUGGUUGGAUGAGGAAACAUUGAUCUCAGUCGGACAGGACUGCAAUACUAAAAUAUGGCGUAUAGAAAAGAUUUAA